UUAGGAGGUACAUUGCGAUGGUGGAAAUGUGUCACAUGGCUGGGAAAAGGGAUAAACUCAUCAUCCUACUACUUCAGCUCGCUGAAUGUCUCUUCAACAUCCUUCUUAUUCAUUUUCAAGAUGGUAACACUGAUUUGGGAGAUUUGCCAUUUUUUUGUGAAAAGUUACAACCGAAUUUAGAAAAACUGGAACUGCUGCGAGAGGAUAAAAUUGGGCACAAACUGAAGGUUUUUCACCGAACAAUCAGCACUCUGAAGGAAAUAUCAAUCAGACAUCUUGCUCUGUAAGGCAUCCUUAUGGUCUUCAGAAGCCUAAGGGGAGGAGUACUCCACAUUGAGCCUGGUCUCCCCUUUAACCUUUAUUUAUUCUCAUAUUUUGAUUUGCUGC